GAUACUCUUCACACCAACACAAAUGUCUUCGUUUUCUGUUUUUGUUGAAGAUGAGGAAUCCAGCAACCAACUCAUCCAGGAAGCCGCAGUAGCCAGCAAAAUUGCGAUGGACCUAGUUGUACGAUCUUCGGGGCGCAACGGUAACAAAGUUGAAUUGGCUGAAAAGAUGCUUGCCGCAGCAAUGGCAGCUUCUGCCAGUAUCUAUGUUAACGCCAUAAAAAGAAAAGAAGAAGAGAAAAAAUUGAAGGAGGAGGAAGAAAUGCGGCAGAAGGCAGUUCUUGAAGAGCACAACAAAUUGAGUCCCGAAUUAAAAAAGAUGGUGGAUUUAAUGUACGCUUCCAUCAAGCCCCACGUCGACGUCUUUCCGGAUGCACCACAGCCAGAAGAUAUCGCGAUUCCAACGGGUGGACUUGCAAAAUGUGAAUGCUCACCAGGCUGUACCAAAGAGCUUCCUCAACCAGCUUAUCAAAUAAUCAAGAACGAAGAGCAAGACAAACGCUGGAAUGUGAGAAAAGAGACCAGAGUGAUAAUAGUUCCAAAACCCAGUAGUGCUGAAGAGAAAGUCAAUGUGGAAACCGGUCACAAGAAGAAAAAAUCAAAAGGAAAGAAAGUGGCUAAAGAGUAAUCAAUUUUUUACGAUCAGUUUUCGAAAUCCCUGUUGACUUACCAUCUAAUUCGUUGUCUUUUUCCUGCGAUCUCCCUGUUUUCAUAAUUAUAAGAAUGAGUAUUAAUUUUGAAUUGUGGCGUUCAACGUGUGUUAACUUUUGAUUAAUAAUCGACUUUUGUCAAUAAACUUUU